CGCGAGUGUCACCUCGUCUGCGUGAACCGAAGUAGCGCGAUAGCUAGCGCUGUAAGAUGCCCCCGAAACCGAGCAAGGCCGCUGCACCGCCGGCAGCCAGUGGGCAGAAGAAAUCGCGACCUGGCGUCACCUCCAAGCCCAAAGCUAAACGGCCAUUGUCCACGGAGGAACGAUUGAAGAAGCUUUUUGGCUCGUUGUGCGCUCAGAUCGACGGAGGACACUUCCCUAACGCUAUACGCACUUGCGAUAAGAUCCUUCGACUAGCGGCGGACGACAAGGACGCGUUGCAGACAAAGCUGUUCCUGCUUCUGCACACUGAACAAUACGAGGCUGCACUUACGCUCGUCGAUUCCCUCGACAAGGAGCACGGUCAUGACUUCGGCAGAGCGUACUCGUUGUACCGUCUACAGCGCGAAGAUGAGGCGGAAUCUGCUCUCAAGCAAUUAUCGGACGAAGAUGAUCGAGGCGCUCUACAUCUCGAAGCUCAAUUGAACUACCGUCAGGGCAACUACCAGUCCGCCUUCGACCUAUACAAUCAGCUUCUAGAUAGCGCGGAACCGCAAACGGAAGAGCACGAUGAUAUUCUCACCAAUCUACAAGCGGCCCAGCAGCACCUCGAUUUCAUCAAUGCGGGGUACUUGCGUGUGUUGGACCAGCUGCCCGCAGCUACGACUUCCCAGAUCGAAACUGCCCAACCUCCCACCGUCGGCCCUGCUCCUUCUGCCGCUUACCCGACGGCGGCAGCGCCACCCGCACCAGCGCCGAGGAAGACCCGCGCGAAGCGCGUGCCCAAGGGUGUCAUCCCUGGGGUGACCCCUCCUCCCGAUCCCGAACGCUGGCUCAAGAAGAGCGAGCGGUCAACAUACACGACUGGGCGUCACAGAAGCAAAAGAGGGGGAGGGGCGACACAGGGUGCCGCGGUGCUCGAAGCACCGCCAACUCAGUCGGCAUCUCAAGGAAAGUCUGGCGGGAAGAGUAAGAAGAAGAAAUAGGGCAUGUGUUGAUCCACGCUGCACGACCAGGGGCGCAAGUCCUCGGGUUUAUAUCAAAGCGUUGUAAACGUGCCUAAUUCGGAUGUCCUCUCGACGAACCUAGCCAUAUCAUCGUGUAAAA